CCGGCUGCACCUUCGAGGAGGACGGCGACCCAAACCAGUGCGAGUACAGCCAGGGUGAGGAUGAUGACUUCGGGUGGGAGCUUGUCCGCAGCUAUAUGAUGCCGCAUCUGACGGCUGACCUGCCUCACGGCUCCUACCUGAUGGUGAACUCCUCGCAGCACGCCCCAGGCCAGAAAGCUCACCUGCUUUUCCAGGCGCUGAGUGAGAAUGACACCCACUGCCUCCAGUUCAGCUACUUCAUGUACAGCCGGGAUGGCCACAGCCCUGGCACCCUCAGCGCCUACGUCCGGGUGACAGGGGGCCCGGUGGGCAGCGCCGUCUGGAACGCCUCCGGCUCCCACGGCCGCCAGUGGCACCAGGCAGAGUUGGCCGUCAGCUUGUUCUGGCCCAGCGAGUACCAGGUCCUCUUCGAGGCGGUGGUCUCCAGCGAGCGCAGGGGUUAUCUUGGCUUGGAUGACAUUUUGCUCUUGAAUUAUCCAUGCUCGAAAGCACCUCAUUUCUCCCGCCUGGGCGAUGUGGAGGUCAACGCGGGACAGAACGCCACCUUCCAGUGUGUGGCCGCCGGCAAGGCUGCCGAGGCCGAGCGGUUCCUCAUGCAGAGGCAGAGCGGCGAGGUGGUCCCCGCCGCCUCUGUGAAGCACAUCAGCCACCGGCGCUUCCUGGCCACCUUCCAGCUGGAUGAGGUGUCCAAGGAGGAGCAGGACCUCUACCGCUGCGUCACCCAGUCCAGCCGCGGCUCGGGCGUCUCCAACUUCGCCGAGCUCAUCGUGAAAGAGCCCCCCACACCCAUCGCACCCCCCCAGCUGCUCCGGGCCGGUUCCACCUACCUCAUCAUCCAGCUCAACACCAACUCCAUCAUCGGCGACGGCCCCAUCGUGCGCAAGGAGAUCGAGUACCGCAUGACCUCGGGGCCCUGGUCGGAGGUCCACGCCGUCAACAUGCAGACCUACAAGCUCUGGCACUUGGAUCCGGACACGGAGUACGAGAUCAGCGUCCUGCUCACCCGGCCCGGUGAGGGGGGCACUGGCAAACCAGGGCCGCCCCUCAUCAGCCGCACCAAGUGCGCAGAGCCCAUGCGGGCCCCCAAAGGCCUGGCUUUCUCUGAAAUCCAGUCCAGACAGCUGACAUUGCAAUGGGAGCCGCUGGGUUAUAACCUGACUCGCUGUCACACCUACACCGUCUCACUCUGCUACCGCUAUUUUGUGGGCACUGGCCACAACCAAACCUUCCGGGAGUGCGUGAAGAUGGAGCGUAACACCAACCGCUACACCAUCAAAAACCUGCUGCCCUACAAGAACAUCCAUGUCAAGCUCAUCCUCUCCAACCCCGAGGGUCGCAAGGAAGGCAAGGAGGUGAUAUUCCAGACGGAUGAGGAUGUGCCCGGCGGCAUCGCCUCGGAGUCCCUCACCUUCACCCCGCUGGAGGACAUGAUAUUUCUGAAGUGGGAGGAACCGGUGGAGCCCAACGGCCUCAUCACGCAGUACGAGAUCAGCUACCAGAGCAUCGAGUCCUCUGACCCAGCGGUCAACGUGCCGGGCCCGCGGCGCACCGUCUCCAAACUACGCAACGAGACCUACCACGUCUUCUCCAACCUCCACCCCGGCACCACCUACCUCUUCUCGGUCCGGGCCCGCACCGGCAAGGGUUUUGGCCAGACAGCACUCACUGAGAUCACCACCAACAUCUCCGCUCCUACCUUCGACUACGGGGACAUGCCAUCGCCGCUGAGCGAGUCGGAGAGCACCAUCACGGUGCUGCUGCGGCCGGCGCAGGGCAGAGGGGCUCCCAUCAGCACCUACCAGGUCAUUGUAGAGGAAGACCGGCCCAAGAAGCUCAAGAGGGAGCUGGGUGGGCAGGAGUGCUUCCCGGUGCCACUCACCUUCGAUGAUGCUGUGUCCCGUGGUUCUGUACACUACUUCGGGGCUGAGCUGCCUGCCAGCAGCCUCACUGAAGCCAAACCCUUCACUGUGGGGGACAACCAGACCUACAGUGGCUACUGGAACCCACCGCUGGAGCCCAAGAAGGCAUAUCUCAUCUACUUCCAAGCCAUGAGCAACCUCAAAGGGGAAACCCGGCUGAACUGUGUCCGGAUCGCUCGCAAAGCUGCCUGCAAAGAGAGCAAGCGUCCCCUCGAGGUGUCGCAGCACUCGGAGGAGAUGGGCCUGAUCCUGGGGAUCUGUGCUGGAGGGCUCAUCGUUCUGAUUAUCCUCCUGGGAGCCAUCAUCAUUGUCAUUCGGAAAGGAAAACCUGUCAACAUGACCAAAGCGACCAUUAACUACCGUCAUGAGAAGACUCACAUGAUGAGUGCCAUCGACAGGAGCUUCACCGACCAGAGCACGCUGCAGGAGGACGAGCGCCUGGGGCUCUCCUUCAUGGACACCCACAACUACGGCAACCGAGGCGACCAGCGCAGCAGCGUGGUCAAUGAGUCCAGCAGCCUGCUGGGGGGCUCCCCCCGCCGCCAGUGCGGCCGCAAAGGGUCCCCGUAUCACACCGGGCAGCUCCAUCCUGCCGUGCGGGUGGCGGAUCUCCUCCAGCAUAUCAACCAGAUGAAGACGGCAGAAGGCUACGGCUUCAAGCAGGAGUACGAGAGUUUCUUUGAAGGCUGGGAUGCUUCGAAGAAGAAAGACAAGACCAAAGGGAGACAGGAUCACGUGUCAACAUAUGACCGUCACCGAGUGAAGCUGCACCCGCUGCUGGGUGAUCCCAACUCAGAUUACAUCAACGCCAACUACAUCGAUGGCUACCACAGGUCCAACCACUUCAUAGCCACACAAGGGCCCAAGCAGGAGAUGGUGUAUGACUUCUGGCGCAUGGUGUGGCAGGAGCACUGUUCCAGCAUCGUGAUGAUAACCAAACUGGUGGAGGUGGGCCGGGUGAAAUGCUCCAAAUACUGGCCAGAUGACUCCGAGAUGUAUGGGGACAUCAAGAUCACCCUGGUGAAGUCGGAGACGUUGGCAGAGUAUGCUGUCCGCACCUUCGCUCUCGAGAGGCGGGGCUACUCAGCCCGUCAUGAGGUGAAGCAGUUCCAUUUCACGUCGUGGCCCGAGCACGGCGUCCCCUACCACGCCACAGGGCUGCUGGCCUUCAUCCGCAGGGUGAAGGCAUCCACACCGCCCGAUGCUGGCCCCAUCGUCAUCCACUGCAGUGCGGGCACGGGGAGAACUGGCUGCUACAUCGUCCUGGACGUUAUGUUGGACAUGGCUGAGUGCGAGGGCGUUGUGGACAUCUACAACUGUGUGAAGACCCUGUGCUCGCGGAGGAUCAACAUGAUACAAACGGAGGAGCAGUACGUCUUCAUCCAUGACGCCAUCCUGGAAGCCUGCCUGUGUGGGGAGACCAGCAUCCCUGCCAGUGAGUUCAAGCCCACCUACAAGGAGAUGGUGAGGAUAGAGCCGCAGAGCAACUCCUCGCAGCUGCGGGAGGAGUUCCAGACCCUGAACUCCGUGACUCCCCACCUGGACGUGGAGGAGUGCAGCAUCGCCCUCCUGCCCCGCAACCGGGAGAGGAACCGCAGCAUGGACGUCCUGCCGCCCGACCGAUGCCUUCCCUUCCUCAUCUCCGUGGACGGAGACAGCAACAACUACAUCAACGCGGCCUUAACUGAUAGCUACACCAAGAGCGCUGCCUUCAUCGUCACCCUGCACCCGCUGCAGAACACCACCACCGACUUCUGGCGGUUGGUGUACGACUACGGCUGCACCUCCAUCGUCAUGCUCAACCAGCUCAACCAGUCCAACUCUGCCUGGCCCUGUUUGCAGUACUGGCCUGAGCCGGGGCUCCAGCAGUAUGGCCCAAUGGAGGUGGAGUACGUUUCCGGAGCAGCGGAUGAGGACAUCGUGUCCCGUCUCUUCCGAGUCCAGAACAUCACACGGUUACAGGAGGGUCACCUGAUGGUCCGGCAUUUCCAGUACCUGCGGUGGUCAGCGUAUCGAGACACCCCGGACUCCAAGAAGUCCUUCCUGCACCUCCUGGCCCAAGUGGAGAGGUGGCAGAAAGAAAGCGGCGAUGGCAGGACUGUGGUGCACUGCCUGAACGGAGGUGGCCGGAGCGGCACCUUCUGUGCCUCCACCAUGAUCCUGGAGAUGAUCAAAUGUCACAACAUGGCAGAUGUUUUCUAUGCUGCAAAGACCCUCCGCAACUACAAGCCAAAUAUGGUAGAGACCUUGGAGCAGUAUCAUUUCUGCUAUGACAUAGCACUGGAAUAUCUGGAGUCCUUGGAGACCAGAUAGCACCUCGCCAUGAGAGGGGCAGCUAGGGCUUGCGCAGGGGUCGUGCCAACCGUGCAUUUUGCACUUGGACGUUGCAUUAGUGCUGAAGGUGAAGAGGGAAACAGCAAAGGACCCAACGAGAAAACCCAUCAGAUCAAGAAAAACGAAAGGACGUCAGGACGUGUCAGCCGCUCCCCAUCUUCAUCCUCCGCUCUCCAUCUUUCCUUCCAC